AUGGCGUUUGUACAUAGUCACAUUACACAUCUUGAAGCACUUCUUGAAGCUGCAAAGCAAGCCACAGUCCCUCAAGCAUUGGUCCAUUUCUUUUCCGACGGACGAGACACCUCACCUACAAGCGGAACAGAAUGGCUAUCAAAGAAGAAACAUUCGUCAAUUCCAUGUGCGGAGACAGAGAAAUAUGCUCAUGUAACCUUUUCUUUUACUGGAGGAAUUGAGAAAACCUUUGAAGGGGAGGAACGGUGUCUGGUCCCUUCACCUAAAGUGGCAACGUAUGAUCUCACCAGCAGUAGAUGGCCUGUGCUGACUAUGAUGUUGCUAUUGGGCAUCCAACGUGCUUGUGAAGAGAAGGGAUAUGUUUUAUUAGUGACAGCUGAUCAUGGCAAUGCUGAGAGACAUGAUUCGAUGAAGAUGGAAAACCUGUUACUAACACAUACAACAUUUAGAGUCUCUCACAAUGCCUCAUUAGCUGAUGUAGCACCCACUGUACUAGAGAUUAUGGGACUAGAGAUCCCCCCAGAAAUGAAAGGUCAAUCCUUGUUAUUGAAGAAGUAA